UAUCUUUUCAAUUAACUUACUCCUACUUAUUAGUUCCUACUGACUGUUUGUAUUCAAUUAUUCUAACACAUCUUUUAGAACUGGCUACGUGAGCGCGGCUUCAUGACGUUGGGGUUGCCGCCCGUUCUCAUGGAGCUAUUCAUACGUAGUGUGUGCUCAACUAAAAAUCCGCGCGACAACUUCUGUGUAUUCAUGACGCAGAACCUCGUCGGCGAGAACUUCGAUCAAGUCGAUCCGAAUGUAACAACACAAAUGAUGACACGUGUACAGCCAGCCUCUUGGCGGCAAUUUGAACAUUAUGGCAAGAUCGCACUCACUAGUGUAUUUACGUCUUUGGAUGAUGGUGUACUUGGUGAUGCAAAACCAUACAACUUAUCCAAUAUUAGGGUACCAAUUGUACUAUUGUAUGGAGAAAAUGAUCAGAUUGCUGAGAAGUCUCAAGUAAUGCGUCUAGCUCGUGAGCUGAACAACACUGGUAUGUUGGAGCAAAUAGAACCAGCUUGCUCUUUGCCUAAGUUCAAUCAUGUGGACUUCCUAUUUUCAAAAGAUAUUGCACCAUUAUUGAAUAAACCACUUGUGCAAAAAGUAAAGCAGCUUUUCGAGAAAUAUUCCUAUCGGUGACUUUAUAAAUAGUGCUUUUAGUGUGCGAUAUCAAGACUGUGAAUUAUGUAUGAAACGAAGGAGAACAUAUUUAUGAGUGUCAUACAAUUGUAUGUUGUGUCAAUAU